UGGCCCCUUCUCUGUCCUUCUCCCCUCCUUCUGUGUCUUCAUUUCUCUCAAAUCCCCCCACCACCUGAUCAGGUCUCCUUAAAGACCCUGUCUUUGCCCUCAGAUAACACCCCAUGCUCUACCUCAAACUCUCCCCACAUUUCUGGCCCUGCAUCCCUCAUUCUCACACUCUACCUGGACUAGCACUCACCAGUGGAGGGCUGGGGUGUCACAGCUUUGGAGAAGAGGUUUAAAGGUCUCCAUAUCCACAAGCCGGCUCUGAUAUCUCACCCCACCCGCCUGAGGCUGAUCAUUAACCCAGAAUUUAUAUAAAGAUGGGUCCUACCUGGAAUGCUAUAGCACUGCUGCAGCCAUGGCCAGCACGGUUAGCCCCAGCACCAUGGCUGGGACCCCAGAGCCACCUCCAUUGUCUGAUCGAAUCCAAAAUGCUGCUGACAUCUCAGUCAUUGUCAUCUAUUUUCUGGUGGUGAUGGCUGUUGGGCUGUGGGCAAUGCUGAGGACCAACCGAGGCACUAUAGGAGGCUUCUUCCUCGCUGGUCGUGAUGUGGCCUGGUGGCCGAUGGGCGCCUCUCUCUUUGCCAGCAACAUUGGCAGUGGCCACUUUGUGGGGCUGGCUGGGACAGGAGCAGCUUCAGGAGUCGCCACUACAACAUUUGAAUGGACUUCCUCAAUAAUGUUGCCGAUUCUUGGAUGGAUCUUUGUCCCCAUCUAUAUCAAGGCAGGGGUGAUGACCAUGCCAGAAUAUCUCAAGAAGCGGUUUGGUGGGGAGCGACUCCAGGUCUACCUCUCCAUCCUCUCCCUCUUCAUCUGUGUGACUUUGUCAAUCUCUUCAGAUAUAUUUUCUGGAGCCAUAUUCAUCCAGCUGGCCUUGGGACUGGACCUUUACCUGGCAAUCUUUAUCCUCUUGGCUAUCACUGCUGUUUAUACCAUCACUGGGGGCUUGGCCUCGGUGAUUUACACAGACACCCUCCAGACUAUCAUUAUGCUGAUUGGCUCUUUUAUUCUCAUGGCAUUUGCAUUUAACGAAGUUGGAGGUUAUGAAAGCUUUACCGAGAAGUACAUGAAUGCCAUCCCGUCCGUAGUCAAGGGGGACAACUUGACAAUCAAUGCCAGGUGCUACACACCUCGGGAGGACUCCUUCCACAUCUUCCGAGAUCCUGUCACUGGGGAUAUUCCAUGGCCAGGAAUUGUAUUUGGAACGCCCAUUACAGCUUUGUGGUACUGGUGCACAAAUCAGGUCAUUGUGCAGCGCUGCCUGUGUGGCAAGGACAUGUCUCACGUGAAGGCUGCUUGCAUCAUGUGUGCUUACCUGAAGCUGCUGCCCAUGUUCCUCAUGGUGAUGCCGGGGAUGAUCAGCCGCAUUCUGUACACAGAUAAGGUAGCAUGUGUGGUACCCUCUGAAUGCGUGAAAUACUGUGGUGUUGAGGUCGGCUGCACUAACUACGCAUACGCAACGAUGGUGCUGGAACUGAUGCCCCAAGGACUGCGAGGCCUGAUGCUUUCAGUCAUGCUGGCCUCUCUCAUGAGCUCCCUGACCUCCAUCUUCAACAGCGCCAGCACCCUCUUCACCAUUGACCUCUACACCAAGGUGCGGAAGCAAGCAUCAGAGAAAGAGCUCCUGAUAGUUGGACGGCUAUUCCUUCUUCUAUUAAGCGUUGUGAGCAUUGUGUGGGUCCCACUGGUACAAGUAUCUCAAAAUGGACAACUAAUCCAUUACAUAGAAUCAAUUUCUAGCUACCUUGGGCCUCCAGUUGCAGCUGCCUAUCUGCUUGCCAUCUUCUGUAAAAGAGUCAAUGAACAGGGAGCAUUCUGGGGUCUAAUGGUUGGACUUGUGAUGGGCCUCAUUCGUAUGAUCACAGAAUUUGCUUAUGGAACAGGGAGUUGCUUGGCUGCCAGUAACUGUCCCAAGAUUAUCUGUGGAGUGCACUACCUGUACUUUUCCAUCAUUCUCUUCUUUGGGUCCAUGCUGGUCAUUCUGGGAAUUUCCCUCUUAACAAAACCCAUUCCUGAUGUACAUCUGUACCGCCUGUGCUGGGCUCUUCGCAACAGUACAGAGGAACGAAUUGAUAUAGAUGCAGAAGAGAAAAGUUGGAACGAAACAGAGGAUAGUGUUGAUGAAGAUUAUCCUGAGCAAUCACGUGGAUGUCUCAAGAAGGCUUAUGACUUGUUCUGUGGUUUGCAGAAGGGACCCAAGCUAACCAAGGAGGAGGAGGAAGCCCUGAGCAAGAAGCUCACAGACACGUCUGAGAGGCCCUUGUGGAGGACAGUAGUAAAUAUCAACGCCAUCCUCCUCCUAGCUGUCGUGGUCUUCCUGCACGGCUACUAUGCCUGAACUCUAUCCAAGCCACUAGAAUAUGAAUAAUUCUUAGUAAUGAAGCAAAGGAUAAUUUUAGUGAAGCAAAGGAUAAUUUUCAUUUUAUAGUAUGUUUGGUAAUUUUAUCCAAUGAGAUGACUAUAGACUUGGUAUUUCGCUUUUGUUCUUCCUUUGUGUCAUUACAAAGAGUUGAUAAUUUAUAAAAUUAUAAAGUGACCCAUAAGUGUGUAAACAA